CUUUAUCAUCCACCUUUCCACUUUCUACAACCUUGUCGAUCUGAGCUUCUUAGUCUUUUUUUUUUUCGGCUUUUUUGCUUGAUCUUUGACUAUCUGCUCUCCCAAGUCCUCUCUCUCUCUCUCUCUCUCUCUCUCUCUCUCUCUUCUUGCGUUUGCCUUCUUUUGUUUAGCAACAUGUCUGGGCUGACUGCUGCGUUCGAGAGCGAGGAAGGCGCUGCACUGGGGCUCUCGUACGACCACGACGAGCACCAGCAGCCGACGUCACAGCAGCAGAGCAACAGCCCUCGCCCAGCAGCCGCCUCGCCACCACCACCAUCAUCAUCAUCAUCGUCAUCAUCGUCACCAGUAUCAGCAUCAGCAUCCGUCCUCGGACAAGCUCCGAAACCAACGCUGGCCGCAGCUGCUGCAGCAGCAAACCAGGACAUUGCCAACUCAAGACCAAGCUCACCAAAAGCUCCCCCAAAGUACACUGUCGCGGGCUCAGACACGCUCGCAAGCAUUGCUGUGCGCUUUGGAGUCACCUCGUCCGAGAUUGUCGCCGUCAACCGACUCGUGUCAAGGACACUGUUUCCUGGCCAGGUCAUUUCGUUGCCAGCAUCCGCCGUCGUUUUGCCGCCUUCGUCAUCCUCGCCAUCCUCCUCCACCGCGACCUCUACCACAUCCCCCUCUAACUCAUCUACCGCAGCUACCACCCCCGCCUUGAAAGAAUUGGAUGCGGCACCACUAGCGCCGUCCGCCAGCGAAUCCAUCCUCGCAGCGUCCGCCCAAGCACUCGUGACGGCCCAGGCAGCCCUGAAGGCGUCUCGCUAUGCGGGAAGCAGCAGCAACCUGCUCGGAGACACCACCAAGCAGCGAGCGGCGACGUCCGCUCCCAUUGGCAUCUCACGAUCAAACUCCUCCCUCGGAACCAAAGAGCCACACGGCAGUCCGUCGUCAUCCAGCCUGAUGUUUUUGCACCAAAAGUUCUCACCUACCGCCGUCUCACCUAUCGAUGUUUCGCCAGCCAGCUCGCCUUUGCCGGUUGCGGAACCAAAACUGCUCUCCAGCAGCUUGAAGCGCGCAACUGGAGGCUUUGCCAACACGCUUGCGUCCGUGUUGACGUUGGGCUGGGCAGACGACAGGUCAUCUCCGCCACAGCAGCAGCAACAACAACAACCACAGACGCAGCCACAGUCGCUGACGCAGGAGGUGCCACGUGAAAAUCCCGUGUACGAUAGCGACAUCCCGCUCAAUUUGGAACGCUUCUUCCAAAUAUCCGACAACCAGUGCUCAAUUUCGUGCUACCUGUUGACUGCCAAUCGAGGCACGGUGUACGGCAUCUUGAGCAUCUCUCCUGCCGAAAUUGUCUUCCACCCUGACGACGACGACCCAAUAGUGGUGAAUCGAGGGGUCGAUCCUUACUCUUUCCAUUGCUCCUUGACGCGACUGAUUGCGUAUGAGGUGGUUGAAGCCUUCCCCGCGCAGAGCAUUUCAGCGACUGCGCUAAAUGUCGAUCCACAAGAAGUGCGGUAUCUCGCCAUCACCAUUGAGGGCAGUGCGGCUGCUAUUCCGAUUGACCAGGACGAUGACUAUAAGGCCCGCUAUUGGCUUGCCAUCAGCGUCAAAUAUGUCGACUCGGUUUUGGUCCAUCUCUUCCAAUGCGCGGAUCACAUUGAGCCCGAUUCGGUCCUCAAUCUGUCUGGCAUUACAGAAGCGUUGCGCGAGACCACGCCCCGAUAUCAGCCACAACAAAUGGCUCAUCCUGUCGAAGUGAGCCUUGAUUUUGUUUCACAAUCCUCAAUCUUGACUCGUGAAAUGGCUGUUGAGAUUAUCAACGCACUGCCACUGCGAGUGCGUGAUAGUCCGUGGCACAUCAACUACAGCACUUUUGCGCAUGGAAUCAGCUUGAAGACAUUUUAUCGCAACCAACUUCAUAUUCGAGAACAUGCUGUUGUAUUACUCAUCACUGACAUGGAUGGCAACAAAUUUGGCGCAUAUGCGUCGGAGCCGUUCCGAGUGACCGAAGGCUACAUUGGGUCUGGCGAAUGCUUCCUUUUCCGCCUCACUCCGACCUUUGAGGUCUUUCGUUGGACUUUUGCCAAUCAUUACUUUAUGCAUGGGACUAUUGACGGCAUCGCUAUGGGUGGUGGCGACGGCGGGUUUGGCCUUUGGUUUGACAACGCGCUGCACCACGGAGCCACCAAGCCGUGCCUGACGUUCGACAACCGACCUUUGACGGACAAGACAGAUUUCUUCAUCGCUGGUCUCGAGGCGUGGGCAUUGCUUCCAUCCCCUUAAGAGACCCUGAAUAUUGUUAUCCAAUUCAUAGAAACAAAAUGUACUAGCCCAACAUUAAAGAUGAAAAAUAAAUGUAUUUCGA